CCCAACAGCCAGGGAGACCUUCCUUCUUCCCUGACCCCCCUCCUUCCCGUCAGCAACACUCAACCCUACCCUCGAAAAUGAACGACAUACGGAUCGAGGACCUCCCUACAGACCUCCUCUAUCAAAUUAUUGAGCAUCUCUUGGGAGAGAGGGCUUUCGGUUCUGUCGUGUCUUUCGCCCUUUGCAGCCGCCGGUUUUGUGGCGCGCUUUCGCUACUUUACAAGAAUGUCGGCCGCAUCAGGUUGGAAGGCGAGGAUGCUCUGAUUUGGGCCGCCGAAAAUGGCGAGUUUGAAACCUUGAAGGCUCUUCUGGAAAACGGAGUCGACCCCAAUGCCCGCUUCUGGUCGACUUUGCCCGACUGUGCCCGCCAGGAUGUCUUCGCUGCCCAGCGUGGUCGUCGCCGCCUAUCGCCCCGGUUAGAUGGCCACCUCAUUGCCAAGUUACUCCAACAAGACAUCGUGCGCCAUCAGCGGCCCAGAAGAGGGCAAUAUGCACCUAACGAUCCCAGCCUUCUGCUUCAAGAGUGGUAUCUGGCAACCAUGAACGGCGACAUGCCGGAAGCCCUUGACAUCCUCCACCGUGAUAUCGCUGCGCUUGUCAAUGGGGCGCACUUCGGCUGUUGUCUGAGCACCCCCGACUUGGAACACCCCAGCUAUGCGUACUCAUGGACUACGCUUCAUGUCGCCACUAAGCAGGGCGACGAGCGAGCCGUCGAUCUCCUGCUUUCCCAUGGUGCUGACCUCGAAUCGAGAUGCCGAGGGCUUUGUGACUGCAUUACGCCCGUGUACUGGAAGGCCCGCCAACCUCCACCGUCUUUCAGUGCAUUGCACAUCGCUGUUUGCUCUGGCCAUGAGCAUCUUGUUCGUAACCUCCUCGUCCGCGGCGCCGACCCGUGGCUGGCCGGACAGAUGGAUGGGGGUGUUCUGGCCCCCGUGGACGCAGAUAACGGAAUUACUGUUUUUCAUACUGCCGCCUUGCAAGGCAAUGUCGCCAUGUGCCAGUUCUUGCUCAACCAGCUCGUCGACAGCGCGUCUGGAAAGCCUGUUCCCAUGCUGCAGCGAAAAGAUCCCAGGGGGCUUCGUGCGCUCGAUUAUGCGGUUGCCGCGGGGCACGUACGAACAACAGGGCGCUGGCUGUUGUGUCGAGGGGUCAGCGCUCGUCGCGCCCUCGGUUUCCGGGAUCGCCACUUUUUCCCUCUCAACUUCCUGUGCUACCAUGGGCGAUAUCGCGAUGUCCAAUAUUUGCUGCGUAAGAAAAGGCCCUCACCUAAGGCCUGCACUCUGGCCCUUCAGUUCUGUUUUAUGCGGCAGCCAACCCGGCCCGUGAAAUGGACGACCACCCUCGGAUCACUACGGGCCUACCUUGACGAAUACAUGGCCUUUUAUGCGUUGGGAAAGGCUCCUCAUGUUCAACCCGACAGCGAGGAGGAUCUACUCUCCCUGAUAAGACAGCUACUCGACCGAGGAGCAAACCCGGGUGCUGCUUUACCCCUUUAUAGGGGGGGCCAGUUUGGGGAAGAGCCUGGCAAAUCAGCUUUACAUUUGGCGGCAAGCCAUGGUCAUCGAGCAGCCCUGCAAGCUAUGCUUGAUGCCGGGGCACCGCUUGACCACCAUGUCGAUUUCAUACCACCAUGGCCUAAAGCUACUGGGGGUACGCCGCUGGGAUGCGCGAUGAUACCCCCACCAUAUUCUCCCGCCUGCAACGACUCACGGGUGUAUCUGGGAACAAUCAUCUUCCUUUUAGAGCGCGGGGCUUCGUUCAGGAACUCGCUGACGCGCGAAGGGGAGACUACCUUUCGAGACUGGUUUUCCCCUUUGUUUUCCCACGACUUCGGCGGUGUCCCAUGGUACAACACGGACCACUUUGACUUGUUCGAACGGGUCAUGGGAUUAGUGGCCAAGCAGCUGGGCGAGGAGCGGUUCCAAGCCGCAUGGCUGACCGACCUUAUGGACCUGGCCAUAACGCGCGGAACCCCGAAUGGGAACUUUUGCAAAUGGUACGUGACGGGGCCGUCUCAAGCUCUUACGGUGCGAGGUAUGGCUAACUAGUGGCGGAUCAAGGCUGGUAGAGAGUUUUGGUGUUAAACACACAAACUUUUCGGACAGCAGGCUGGCACGCUUCUUGUCUACUAACCUCAGCGAGAUAGC